UUCACUGAAAAAAGUAUUUUACAAAACUAGUUGAGUUAAUUCACAAAUAACCAAACCUUGAUAAAAGACAAACGAAUUUCAUUUACGUAUUGAUCAACUGCUUCUGUUGCAUUUUACAAAAAUAUUUUUGUUAUUUGAGUUGGUUAUAAGCUACAAAAUUUUAUGUUAUCCAAUACAAAAUUCGGUUUCGGCACUUUGCAACAUAAUAUGUUUUGCUAUAAUCUACACACUUGUGACUUUACAGUUGACCCAACUAAAACUAUUUUUUUAACGAAUAGUUGCUGUUUUUCAAGUCUGCUAUAUUAGUUUGUUACCAGCUAAAUAGUAUUGUUGAGAUUUGAUUUGCAAAGUUACUAAAAAUAAACAAAAAAUUUGGCUGAGAAUAACUAAUAUUGAUUAUGUUGGUUUUAGAAUAUUUUUGGUUAUCAAUAAUACAGCAAUAUAAUGGGUGGCGAAUAAAGUUAUGCUGCGCAUAACAAAACGUUUUGGUUACAUAAAACACUAACGGUCACGAACCUGUAGAAACCUGUUCUUUUCGUGUUGCGUUGCGAGAGGUAGUGGAUGUGUGUCUGUUGUGCAAUCGUCUAUGGCGAGCAGGAAAGCCGGCGUUUUCGAUUUUAUGCAUGAAUCAUAUAUCAUCAAGCAACGUCAAGAAGAUUUCAAGAAUGGAGCCGCCGCCGGUAGACGAGGCGGCAGAGAAAACGAUCUCGGACUAUCUGCGGUCUUGGGGAUUGGAAGCUUACAUUCCAAAAUUUUUGGAAGAAUCCAUUGAUGUGGAGACUCUCCAAAUGUUGUCAGAGGCUGACCUGAAAGACUUAGUGCCAAUUAUUGGACACCGGGCUAAGCUGACGACACAAAUCAAACUUUUGACCAAUAUAAUGUCAAAUGCUUUUGAGAACACUUGUACUAAUACUACUCCGGACUCAAACAACCAAAUAAUGCUGUAUACAGUGGAAGAUUUGCCAGUUGUACAGACAUUACCUGAUGAUGAGGACACCCCUGAAAUGUCUCAAACAAGUAAUGAAAUAGAAGAGGACAAGCCGGAAUAUGAUUGCGAAUUAUAUGGAAUCCUAAGUUCAUCAAAUGAAGGCAAAGGUCUUUUGCUGCAAUACCAAGAAAAGGGUCUCUUGAAUAAUGCAGCCAGGCGAAGACUUUGCAAUCUUAUAAUUACACACGAGCUGAAAAACGAUGCAGAGAAAAAAAUUCCUAGUUCAAGGUUUUAUCAACUGGCAUAUGAAAUAAGCAAAAUCUUCAAACAGGAAAGUUCAUCGGUAUAUUUUAUACCAUAUGCAAGCUUCAGCCCGCUGCAAAAGACUUCGGCAAAAGGAAAAUUACUAGACCAAUAUCGACAACGUCGCCGAGAUUUUAUCAAAUCAGGAAUUAUUAAAAGUUUUGAAAGACGUUGCUCCUCAAGCAGUUCAAACUCAAAUGAGCAAUAUUCCCCCCGGCCCAGUACAAGUGCACAGGAAGCUAUUAGUCACCUCGAAGGAAGCAAAAGUGUUGACAUAUCAGAGAAGUUAUUAUGGCUUCAGAACAACUGUGAUCCAUGGCAAAUGGUAGAAUCAUAUUGGGAAGUUACUACUAAAGAAAGGUUAAACGAUCUUGCUUCUAAAAAUAUGACGAUUUCAAAUUAUUUCACAAAAUAUAAGGCUAUCAAUCUGUCCGGUGGAAUAUAUUUGUUACUGAAGGAUUUUAAGAUAAUGUACCCAGACUACGGAGACAAGUUUAAUGAAAAUUGGCCCUUAAUUAAAUCAAAACUUAUAAGCAUUGCAAAAAAGAAAGGAUUAAUAAAUGAGAUUGAUGAGUCCAAUGAAGAACAAACUGAUUUAGCCGCUCUAACAUCGCUACCUUUUUUGAUGAGCACAUCAAAUGUUACUUCUACAAAGAAAGCAACUAAAAAGACACAAUGGAGACCAUCAAAGCAAGAGGUAUUGGAAGGCUUCAUAACUCAAGUCGCAAGUCCAGCUGAGGUAGCAGUAGAGAUAACAAGAAAAAGAGACAAGCUUAUGGAAAUGGGCCUUCAAAUGCAACCUUUUGUAAUUGCAGUUGUGUCACCGAAUAAAUCAAUUACAGCAAGGUACAUAGUGAUUAAUAACAUAACAUAUGAAAUGCCAACUAUUACAAAAGCUGUAGAAGCUUGUUUAAAGGCGAUUUUUGUAUUGAAUGCUGAAUAUCCUAAAGAGUCCCGUCAUGUCUGGCAGUUUGUACAAACUGUACUUUUUGAGUUAAAAACGAAAUAUGAUAAAAGCUUUACUGCAGUAAAUACACUUAUAUCGGAUCUCGGCAUUAAAACAUAAAGAACAAGCAUUGAUCACAUAAAUCGCAUAUAAGCAUACAAACUAAAAUGCCCAAGUGUUUCCUAUGUUUGAAAGACCUGACAAGUGUACCAAACCUAAUGACACAUUUUUCUUUGAAUCAUGAAAGACAAAAUUUUAGUGUUUAUCAUUGCAUUGAAGAUGAUUGUAAUCGUUCUUUCCAUUUAAGGAAUACCUAUCGAAAACAUCUAUACCAUAGUCAUGCUACUGCUAGGGGUAGGAUAUUAAAUUCCGAUUCUGAUAAUACACAUUCUGAAAAUACUAGUAAUAUAUCAGUUCUUCAACCCUCGUAUUCACAUUCUAAUAUCUCCUUGAAUUUUGUUGAACCCCCAUUAGAAACUAACAAGUAUGCUUUAGUUCAUUUUAUUUCAUCCCUGUAUGCAAAUCCUCUGCUUCCGAGAAAUGUCAUUCAAGAUGUAGUCGAUGGCAUACACAGGUAUAUGUGUAGUAGUUUAACAUCAAACAUAGAAAGUGUAUUUUCAGAAAUAACGACAACUGCUGAACAAGGAAAUUAUAUUAGACCUUUUAAAGAAAAGCUUUUGUCUAUUGUAAAAGAUGAGUGUAAGGAGUUUGACACUGAAUUCAAAAGACUUGGGUUCUUAGAAAAGCAGGGGACUUAUAUACCACCAAAAAAAGUUGUAAUAGGUAAUAGAAUGUGUAAUAUCAAAGAACGAGGGGUAGUCAAAUAUAAAUCAGUAGAAUGUACAGAGCAGCUAAUACCUCUUCGAUUCGUGUUGCAAAAUUUUUUUUCACUCAAAGGUGUGAUCAAAGAAACAUUCGAUUAUGUUAACGGUUUGAACUCUAACUGUUUGCAAAACUUUGUCCAAGGUAACUAUUGGAGAAGUGUCAUUGAACAAUAUGAUGGUAAAUUGGUAUUUCCUUUAUUCAUGUAUUUUGAUGAUUAUGAGACAGGAAAUGUACUUGGAACUCAUUCUGGAAUACACAAAUUAGGAGCUGUGUAUGUUUCAGUUGCUUGCAUGCCUCGGACCGAACAUCUUCCCUAGAUAACAUAUUUCUGGCUUUAUUAUUUCACUCCACAGAUAGAAUAGUUUUUGGAAACAAUGUGAUAUUUGAACCUUUGAUACAAGAAUUAAAUUUUUUAUCAGAAACUGGUGUGAACAUAGAUGUGCCUGAAUAUAAAGGCAAAUUGUAUUUCAGACUAGGGCUAAUUCUUGGAGACAACCUUGGGAUACACUCAAUUGCCGGAUUUAAUGAAACAUUUUCUUCAAACUUUCCAUGCCGUAUUUGCAAUGUGUCAAAAGAAAACUUGAAAGAUCAGUUAUUUGAAAACGUAAAUUUGCUUCGUAAUUCUGAAAAUUACAACGCCCAAUUACUACUUAACUCCUCAUCUCACACUGGUAUCAAAGAAAAAUGUGUAUGGCUCUCAGUUACUAACUUUAGUUUAUUUGACCAACUAGGUGUUGACAUAAUGCACGAUAUUUUAGAGGGCGUAGCCAAGUACAUCAUGUCAUUUAUUAUUGUAAAAUAUACUAGCGAAUUAAAAUAUUUCACAUUCAAAACUUUGAAUGACAGAAUGGAACAUUUUGACUUUGGUCCAGACAGCUCAAGUAGACCUUGUCAAAUAAUAACAAAUAAUGUUAUUCGACUAUCAGCUUCUGAAAUGUUGUCAUUUGUGAGAUACUUUAAUUUGCUUGUGGGCGAUUACGUCCCAACUGAUGACCGUUACUGGACCCUUUACUUAACUUUGCGAAACAUAAUUAACUUAUUAAUGAGUACUAUAUUUAAUAAAGAAAAUGUAAUUUAUUACAAUUUUUAAUAAGUGAACUCAACGAGCUUUAUAUAAAAUUAAGUAAUGAAACCCUCAAACCUAAAUUUCACUUUUUGGUCCAUUACCCUUCAAUGAUUUUAAAAUUUGGCCCACUUGUAAACUUUUGGAGUAUGCGAUACGAGGCCAAGCAUCGCGUUUCAAAAAUUUCUGCUCGAGCUAACUUUAAUCGACGCAAUAUUACUCUUAGCUUAGCUAAAAAGCACCAGUUGCAGUUGAACAAAAUAUUUGUUGAAGGCUCAUUGAAAUCUCCUAUUUCUGUUGGUGUUACAAAGAGAAUCUCAAAACUUGACCGAGUACUGUUAUAUCUUACUUAAAUUUAGACCCGAGUCUAUCUCUUGUAUCUGUUACAUGGGCAAAAGUAAAGAGUAUUCUUUAUAAACCUGGGACGAUUCUUCUUCAUAAUGUAACUGGGAAUUAUGAUGAUAUCGGAAAUGUUACAUUUAUGAAUGUCAAUAAUCUUUAUAUAUACAACGAAGACAAAAUUAUUUUUGAAACUACAUUACUAUCGACGAUUGAUUUUAAUUUUCAUUUAGAUUGUUUUGAAGUCAAGUAUUCUGAUGUGAAGAAAAGGAUAUAUAUGUUUCAUGAUAAUUUAUUAUCAUAUGUACCUUGUCAUAUCAAUGUUACUCAUGAUGGUAAAUUGUACGUUACACAGAGAGCCCAAUCAUAGCAUCUCCAAUUAUGUAUGCCUACUACUUAAUGGGGCUACUUUUCAAUCAAUGUAAAUCACACUGUAAUCUUAAACUAAAAAAAAAACAAAAGCUGCCCCCGAUAGGAACCUAUAA